AUGGCGGCAAUUAAUUUUGAUUUCUCCAACUCUGAAAUUCCUCCUGGAGUGAAUGAACCUGUGAAGCUUCGAAUCAUUCAUGUUAUUUUGAUAAGCACAGCUGUGGUGGGAAAGAUUUUGGAAAAGAUUGGCAUCUGCAGUCAGAUCAGCUUUGUUCGGUACAUGCAAGGCAUUAAGGCUCUGGGAGCAGACCAGAAGCUCUUCAUUGAGGACCUGUGGUUUGAGAAAGUGCCUUAUCAUUCCUUUUCCUACUUUUGUUGUCUCCUUCUGUGCAUUAGGUAUCGUUUAGCUCCUGAGCACAAAUACCCUGCUGCAUAUGAAGAUUGCCUUCAUGCUUCCAUACACUUUAUGAAGAAUGCAGAGCACUAUGGGGUGGAUCCUGCCCAGAUCAGUGUCUGUGGGGACAGUGCUGGGGGCAAUCUAGCUGCUGCUGUUAGCCAGACCCUGGCAGGUAGAGCAGACCUCCCCAGGCUGCGUGCUCAGAUCCUGAUCUACCCAAUACUUCAGGCACUGGACUUCAAUUUGCCAUCCUAUAAGCAAAAUCAGGCAAUCCCUCUCUUAUUCCAAGAACGCGCUGCUUUCUAUGUGUUACAAUACCUCAAUGGGAACUCAUCAAAUCUGGAACAAGUCCUGGAGGGUUCACAUAUCCCUAUAGAUAUUAAAUUAAAUUAUAGGAAGUGGGUGAGUGAAGAUUACAUCCCUGAGAGGUUUAAAGUCAGGGGCUACAAGCCACAUGUGUUACUUGAUUGUUCAACUGAGGUUUAUGAGACGGUGAAGCGGUUCUGUGAGCCCAACCUGUGCCCCCUGCUAGCUGAAGAUGCUGUUGUUCAGCAGCUGCCUGAGUCCUUCAUCUUGACUUGUGAGUAUGAUGUACUAAGAGAUGAUGGCUUGCUGUACAAGAAGAGGUUGGAGGACAACGGAGUCCGAGUGACCUGGUGCCACCUCGAGGAUGGGUUCCAUGGAAUCAUCAACUCAUUUAAUAGUGAAUGGAUGUCGUUUUCAUCUGGAAAAAGGGGUCUGGACAAUAUUGUGAACUUCCUAAAAAGUUUAUAGAGACAAAUUCUUCUAUUCCUUCUAUUAAGAUUACUGUUUUUCUUUGAGUCUCUUAUGUUUCUGAAUUCCAUUGUA